AUGCUGCUGUUGCGGCCUCGAUCGUCAUUAUUCUUUGUACUGGUCGUGCAAGCAUCGCUGGUGUUAUGCCAGGACAUUUACGCAGAUUAUACAGAAGACAAUGGAUUUGAUUACGGUUCCUCCGAAGCGAAUGCCCUAGACGAAUCCGUUCCGGCUGCCAGUACCUUCUGGUUCAACUCGGAUGCUCAAUUGUCCCCUCCAUUCAUUGACACUUCAUUGACGCAAAAUUGUACAAAUACGAGCCGAAUCGUUUGCACCGGUUGCCGCCGAGUGCGAAUCUGCAUACCCGGAAUAAGUGAUCCAUCGAUGUUACCGGAGCAGAAUUGUCCACCGUCAACGUAUUGCCAUUCGCUUCCGUUUAACUUGGGUGGCGCCUGUCUCCCCACGGCCGAUCUACAGUUUCCGGAGUGCAGAAACAGUGCCUCUAACAAAGCAAGUAUUCUAUGUACCGGUUUGGGAGUGUUUCCGGAUCCUACCGAUUGCCGUAGGUUCCACUACUGUACUGUUCAGGGCCAAAAUUCGAAACCAUUCCGUUGCCCGCGCGACUAUGUGUACAACUCCUUGAAGAAGACUUGUAGUAGAUCGACGACGUGUCGCACGAUAACCUGUCGGCCGAAUGCGCGGUCAAUCUUUGUGCCAUUCCCCCAGAACCCGGCUUUCUAUGCGUAUUGUAGCUACAAUCGAUUCGGCUUCCCACCGGUACUACGUAACAUACUGAUGUACAAGUGCGAAUCCGGAGCAGAGUUCAAUCCAGUGGCGAAUGGAUGCGUGUUCAAGUGUAAGCGUGAAGGAUUCUUCGCUAAACCCAGCGAUCCAACCAAGUAUUAUUGGUGUCGCAAGGUGCGUGGAAAGUUGCUGGGCUAUGAACAAGUCUGCCCAGGACAAGGGACGGUAUUCAACCCUAGACUAGGCAUAUGUGUACCACAACUAGCACCUACCUCUCCCGCUACCACUACAACAACUGUGAUGGAAACAACUACGCCAACACCAACAACACCGCUGCCAACAACGCCGUUAUCUACGGAUUCGUCAACUACUAUUACUACAACUACUACAACCCCGGCACCAACCGAUUCGACAACUGCAUUACUGUCAUCCUCAACGGAUGCACCAUCUACGACUGGGCUAAUGGCUGAUAUUCCAGUGAGCUUCCCUUCCUGGCCACGACUCCCUUCUCUAUCUAUCUCACAGCUGUUAAAUGGAUAA